AUGUCAGAUUUUACGGAAGCUUUACUUGAAGUGUCAGAAAAUGAUCUCGAUCCUAAAAUACAAAAUGAAGCUAAAUCCUUAGCAACAAAUGAGCUUGGUGAUUUUGAGUUUUUUAUGGCUAUAAUUAUUUGGUUUGAAAUAUUAUCUGCAAUUAAUUCUGUUAGCAAGCUUUUACAGGAAAAGGAUAUGAUUAUUGAUGUUUCUAUGGAAAAAAUAAAGGAGUUGAUUUCAUUUUUUGAAGGAUAUAGAGAAACUGGAUUUUAUAAGGCACUAGUUAAUGCUAAGGAAAUUGCGAUUGAAUUGAAUAUCUCUCCAACAUUUCCUCAAAGGCGUAUAAUUAAAAGAAAAAGACAUUUUGAUGAGAAUUUGAAUACCCCAAUACUCGAGCUAUCUGAAGAGGAAUCUUUUAGGGUUAAUUAUUUUCUUUACCUUGUUAAUCAAGCUAUUGUUUCUCUUAAUAAAAGAUUUGAGCAAUAUCAAGAGUAUGAAAGUAUUUUUGGUUUCUUAUUUACUUCUCACAAGUUACAAUCAUUAGAUGAUGCAACUUUGAAGUCUUGUUGUAGUAACUUUGAACGAGUAUUGAAACAUAAUGAACAAUCUGAUAUCGAUGGGAAUGAUCUUUUUGGGGAGUUAGAGUUACUAAGAGAAAUGUUGCCUGAAGAAAUCAUGAAACCUACAGAUAUAUUAUUAUUUUCGAAAGGCUCAGACUGUUUUCCUUAUACAGUUAUUGCAUAUAGAAUUUUGUUGACUAUUCCUGUGACAGUUGCUUCUGCAGAAAGAAGUUUUUCAAAAUUGAAGUUGUUAAAGACUUACUUGCGGUCUACCAUGUCACAAGAAAGACUUAAUGGAUUGGCAUUGAUAGCAGUUGAAAAUGAUUUUUUGGAGACACUGAAAUAUGAAGAAUUGCUUGAUGAAUUUGCUUCAAAAAGUGUUCGAAGGAAGGCUCUUUUUAAGUAG